AUGCCCUUGUCCUGGUCCUUAGGACCCGGGCCAUUGACUGCCAGCCCCCAGCAGAGGUGGGAGGUACCUACCAGUAGAAAGGAGAAGACGAUCCAGGUGAGUGUCCCCCUAACCGCCUCCGUUCUCCGCUCUUUACUGGAGGAGCAGACCCACCAGCUCCAGAGGAGAGGAAACCCUCCCAGGAAUGUCAGGUGGUGUCAGCAAGGUCCCUUACCCCAGGGUCCAUGGACGCCAGUGCUUCUUGGUCCGUACACCGAUCUGCCUCUGAGUCACUGUCCCCGAGUCACCGGCUACCUCUUCACAGAGCUGAGCAGUGGCAGCAGCUGCUGCAGGAACCAGGAAGGAAGGAGACGUCGGAGCCUCCCCUCCAGCCGGAUCUCCCCACCUGCCCCUCCCCCGUCGCCUCCUCCCGCCAAGCUCUGGGCUGCCGCUCAGCUCUGCCCCCCUGCUCCCGGGAGGACUAAGGACGGAGUGGUACCAAAUGACUUGGAAAUGAGGGGCACAGUCCCCACUGGGCAUUGUUCUACAUGGAUCAGAGAACUGGAAAACUGCUGGCUUCAAGCCAUUGGAGGUAAAGGAUUUAUUCCGGUUAGCACGGCCUUGACCCAGGCGAGCACUCAAGGCCAUUUCCUAAUUCUCCCUGCCUCUCGUUUUACACCUGAAAUAGAUGGCACAUUUUGGACUAGCAAAGAUAUCAGGUUGACUGGGAAGGGACAGAGACACCCUCCCACCUCACACUACCCCUGUAUACUCUGUGACACGACAAACUGUGCCAGAUGCAUUGCCAGCAGGGCACUCAAGGGAAGAGGGACAGCUGAAGCCCACAGAGGCUAUUCACUGAGAGCGAUGUCCUCCCAGGUCGGCUGCUGCAGGAUCAGGAAUAUGGUGCAGUCAGUCUUUGGGGAGGGAGAGCUAUGGGGCAGCGGCCAGCUGGCUGUUAUAAAGGACUUGGGGGUGUCGCCCCCCCCCACCCUCAGACACAUUUACCCACUGCUGGAGUACUAUGCUCAGUUGCUGAAGUAAUUAAGAAUUGGCUCUUGAGAAAUACGUACAAUUCAUCCAAAAGGAUGUGCACUGACUGACAGGUUCGGUGCCUGAGACACGUCGGCACCACAGGAGGGUGUGACUACAAAAGCUCUUCUAUGACCUCAGAAAUGAUGGGGCCACUUGUCCGCUCCACCUUGUUAGACGGCAAGGUCUUACACACCUCCGGGUAUGUCUGUCUGGGCCCCCUUCAGAGCCUCCGCGUGGAUACAGCUUUCCAGGAGGGAGGAGUGCUGUGGGCAGCAGCAGGCAGGCCUCUGGAAGCAGAGCCACCCAGUGGCACCAGGCAGACCUGCGGACAUCUACAGCCUCGGGGGCCUUUAACCUGAUUGAGCAUCCCUGGGCAUCUGCAGAGCUGGGCACCGUGUGUGUAAGAAGUUGGUCCUGGCCCAAGCCAGAGGCUAGCUGCUGCAGAUCUUCAUCACCAGUGUCUGUCCAGGACUGAAGAUGCUGUGGCACUGCUCCACAUCUGGGAAGGAAUGCAGAGGAGCUGCUCCUCACUCAACCCUGAUCUACCCAGGAUGCGUUCCUCAAGGACAAUGCAGACCACAGCUAACCAUCUUCCUUCCUUGUUAGAGGUGCUGUUCCCUAAUACCAGGGGAAUGCCUCCUACCACAGCCCCCAGAACUCAUAUUAAAAGAGAAUUCUAGUUCCUCCAGAUCCUUUGUGCUACCAGCCACAGCCUUCGUAAGGAAAAGCAGCACAGCCCAGGGUGGAACAGGAACCUCAGAUCCCACCCAGGACCCACUCCUGGGUAACUUUAUGAAGAAGCUCUACCACAGAAACUUGAGACUUCUGAGAAUCAAGUUCAAGACCUUAUCCAGGACUCUGCUCUUUCCUGAAUGAACUGAUGUGGGCAGUGACACAGCACAGGUGUGAGUGACACCAUCGGUCCCCAGAACAUGCUGAUUCAGCCUCAUCCAACAGCGGUUCUGUGCCACCCAGAAGCGGCUCCAACUGCAGGACUGCCACUCACCCAGCAGCGGCAAGAAAGGAACACUCUUCAAGAUCCGCACCAUCUCCUUGACCUUGGGCUCUUCACUGACCAGCAGCAUAUUGUGCCCAAUAAAAAGUGGUAGCAGGU